AUGCAGCUCACUCUCACAUUUCGAGCAGAUGGCAGCCAGGCUAGUGAGACUGCUAUUGGAACCGGCGGUCAUAAUAGAACACGUUCUCGACAUCAAAUCGUGAAUGAGGAGUGGUUUCCGUGGCCCGAUAAAAUUACGUGCACGCUUGAUAUUCUCAUGCACCUUCCGCGCUCUGUUUUUUCAGAACGACAGAUUGACAUUUUGCUCUGGCUACUUCGGGUCAACAAUGUAGACGAUGUACCUUCGGUGAAGUCUGUCAAACUCAUCAAAGACACUAUUCAACGGUUAUGUGGUAUCCGCUCAAUCCCUUAUGAUGGUGCUCUUGGACAUAAGUACUAUGUUAACUCGCUGCCUGACAUUAUUCGGCAGGAAAUGAUGAAUCCUCGAGUUCGCCCACUGUUACACUUCUACCCUGAAGAUACUGGCAUGGAACUGAAUGAAGCUCGACAAGCUAAACGUUGGCUUGAGGAACUCGACCCGGAGCUGCUUACGCCUGUCGCCAGACUGCACAACCAAGAUUUCUUUGUUUUCGAGCCUGCACUGUUAUUGAGCGGCCGAGCUUGCAUUCCAUUUCGCUGGUUCACACGUGGUGGGAAGAUGUACACUAAAGCUUGGUCAUUGCGGCCCGUCACCCAUGAACUGGACUGUGGUUGGGUUGUAGAAGAUUUUCGUUCAUUCGAAGUAUCAGAAGAUGACCUUCUUGUAUCAUUCAAAAACUGGGAUUCGAGCGAAGCAACAUCUGGUCUACCUCGCGCACACUCAAUCUAUGGUGUUGAACGUGAACCAAACGGCGAAUUGCAGCCAUGGACAUUAACCAAUCCUUCCGAAGGCAACAAAUGGCGUGUUCGGGCAUCGGGCGCUCGUGUCUAUGCGAUGCCUCUCUGGUUAUACUGUGACGACACAUCUGGAAACUUGUCGAAGAAGUGGAACAAACACAACUCUUUUCUUUUUACCGCUGCAGGAUUGCCGCGUGCAGAAGUCCACCACGAGUACAACGUCCAUUUUCUUUGUACAUCAAAUCUUGCCCCUCCGCUUGAAAUGUUGGAUGGUAUUGUAGACCAACUCGAAGAAUCAUGGAAGCAAGGCAUCUGGGCCUGGGACUGUGUCCACGAGGAGUACAUUCUUGUCAUUCCGUCUGUCUUAGCUUUGCUUGGGGACAACCCCAUGCAAAGUGAGAUGGCCUGUCAUAUUGGGUCGAUGGGAAAAUACUUUUGCCGUAUGUGUAAAGUGAAGGGGCACGAUGCAAGUGCGGAGAGCAAUCCUGCACGAGCAGCUGCUGCACAGCCUGAUGAUACCGACCACAGUGUUGGUGAGGUUAGUGGAAGUGAGCCCGAAGCCCAUACUGAUGCUCCUCUGAAAUCUACACGGAAACGAGCAAAGGAGACCAUGGAGGAGAUGGUAACACGGGUUAAGCGGUUUGUAAAGAUAGGAGAACCACGUCACAAGAAUGAAACCGUUUCUGAACUCAAGUCAAUGUUCAGUCAUGCAUCGACAGUUGGGAAUCAGACCCAGAUCAAGCAGUGGAAGACUUCCACGGGCAUCAAGGACACCUUUCUGGACUCAUUCUUGAAUCGCCUAGCUGAAUCACACUGCAAAAUUCGGGGUGGUAAGGCGAAACAGGAAGCGCUCGAUAGAGUCAAAGAGACGCUGCCCGAAAACGUCACAAGUCCCGUUUGGCGAAUAAAAGGUAUCGAUCCUCACGCUGACACACCCGUGGAAAUCCUCCACACGGUCCUUCUUGGAUUCGUCAAAUACCUUUGGCGUGAUGUGGUCUCUGUAAGGAUCGGAAAAGACAAGUUGAAGCGCGAGCUUUUAGAAACUCGCCUAUCAUCUGUCGACGUCUCGGGUCUUGGACUCAGCCAUCUUGCCGGUCACACCCUCGUUCAAUAUGCAGGGUCUCUUGUUGGUCGUGAUUUUCGUGCCAUUGCGCAGGUUGCACCCUUUGUGCUUCACGACUUGGUACCCACGGAAUGCUAUGAUACUUGGGUUGCAUUAUCGAACCUGAUACCACUCAUCUGGCAGCCUGAAAUCGAAAACUCCACGGAACACUUGCGCAAUCUCACGACAUCAAUCAAUAACUUCCUUGCGUGCACUGCCAGGUGGACUCCUCGAUGGUUCAAUAAACCUAAAUUCCAUAUUCUAUUGCAUGUUGUUGACCACAUUCAACGAUUCGGGCCAGCCGCUUUAUUUGCAACAGAGGCAUUUGAGUCCUUCAAUGCUGUCAUCCGCGCAAAAAGCAUCCAUUCGAACCACCGUGCUCCUUCUCGAGAUAUCGCGCGUUCUUUUGCCCAUGGGAGUCGGAUUCGUCAUAUUCUCUCGGGCGCACGAAUACUGAUACACGAUAAUACUAACGAUAUCCACUCUGAUUCUCCCGAUCUUACUCUGCAGGUCUCUAAUCCCUUGUCAGACAAGCCGCCGGAUGCUAUAAAUGUUCAAGUUGUCGGAAAGGGUCCAUUGUCACUCGUUCAACGGCCGAAUAUCAUCACGGACUACCUCGGACUUGAUACACAGGCUGACACCACGAAAUACGGGAAAUUAUUCCCAAACGCACUCCGGUCCCUUCCAAAUGACAUUCUCAGAGGACAUAAUUUUCGUACCUGCAAGUCCGUGGUACUUUUCAACGGGGACAUUUGCAAGAUAGGAGACUGGGUCAUUGCAGCUAAGGGCACAGCAGAGGAGUCUCCGAUUGUGGCGUGCAUUCGCGAAAUCAUCCAGCGCCAAGGCUCGGACGCAGAUAAACUUCUGCGUCCAGAUGCGAUUCUUCUGGAACGCGGAAGUGUUGGUGAACCAGCGGUGUCCUACUCUAUGCCCGCAGUCAGGGCACACGGCGGUUUCUUGCUCUAUCCUGUUGAGCAAAUUUUAUGCGCAGCAAAUCUGCAGCAUCAGUGCCAAGCGCACAACUGCACAAGCUCGCCUUCUGAUAUUGAGUUUGUUUAUGAAGAACGAGCGAAGACGUCGAAAGCUAAGGCCGUGAUACGUCAUAUCGGGGAUCCUGAUGACCUCGUUCUCAACACCGCACGGAUGCGAGACGCAAAACACAUGCAGGGCCUUCGGGUACCUGUUCAGCCACCCGAUAUGAACCUUGCAAUCCUCGAGGGUGCUGCCAGGGAGAUUCGGACACGUAACAAUACCACAAGUGGAGCUUCCGUGACAUCUACGGCGGCAGCACAUGGACCACGUGGACGGGGUCGAGGCCUACAAGUUAAUAGAUCGCUGCAGCAACACCGGUCUGUAUUACAAGUCCAGUAA